UCCAUGCUGUUGGAAAAGUGGGAGAUUUUGAUAAGAUCUGGCGAGAACAUUGCGAGGAUGAGGAAACACUUUGUGAAUAUGCUGUUGCAAUGAAAAAUUUGGCAGAUAAUCAUUGGGCAAAAAGUUGUGAAGGUGAAGGACGUAUUGAAUGGUGUUGUAGUAUAUGCAGAGAAUAUUUUCAAAAUGGUGGAAAGAGAAAAGCACUUGAAAAAGAUAAAAAAAGAGCUGUACUUGCCACCAAGACCACUCCAGCCUUAAAUACACAUGAACAGUCUAAACUUGAAGGUCAUUUAACCAACCUCAACUUUACAAAUUCUGAAAUUAUAACUGAGUUGCUACAAACCUCAGGGAAGAUCAGAUUACUUGAUGUUGGCAGCUGCUUUAACCCAUUUAUGAAGUUUGAAGAAUUUCUAACUGUUGGCAUAGACAUUGUACCUGCCGUAGAGAGUGUAUAUAAAUGUGACUUCCUGAACUUGCAGCUUCAGCAACCACUCCAGCUUGCACAGGAUGCUAUAGAUGCCUUUUUGAAGCAGCUGAAAAACCCUAUUGAUUCUCUUCCUGGAGAACUUUUCCAUGUGGUUGUUUUCUCUCUCCUUCUUUCUUAUUUUCCAUCACCUUACCAGAGAUGGAUUUGCUGCAAGAAAGCCCAUGAACUGUUAAUGUUAAAUGGUUUAUUGCUUAUCAUCACACCUGAUUCCUCCCAUCAGAAUCGUCAUGCUAUGAUGAUGAAAAGCUGGAAGAUUGCUAUAGAGUCCCUGGGCUUUAAACGUUUCAAGUAUUCAAAAUUUUCACAUAUGCAUCUGAUGGCAUUUAGAAAAAUAUCCCUAAAAACGACAAGUGACUUGGAGUGCAGGUCCAGCUUUGCAGUAUCAACAGCAGUAGCAAGAUCACGUCCUCCUCAGGUGGUGCCCACUUUAUCUGUGUGUGGUGGAUCCAAGGCUCGAUUCCUGUCGGCUUUAGUGAAGAGUGUGUUGUCAGCAGGACGUCAUAGAGACUGGUCCAUUGCUUGGCUAACUGCUGCUCAGGACCUUGAGACUUCCGAGUCUUUAGUAAAACUGUCUCCCGGCUUGAAUGGGUGUAAGGGCUCGUCAGACAGGUAGAUAGACCUGCAAUGAGCAAACUUAUGCAACAUUGUUAGUGUUUGCCCUAGAUGAUGUACAUACGGCUUUUACAUUUUCUAUUCAUGUUUUAAAUCUAAAGGAAGUGUUCCUAAAACAGAAAAUUGGAAGGAUCUCCCAUAAACUUUCAAAAGGGCUUAAUUUAAGCCCACUUCAGGGCACUACCAUAGUCCAGAACAAGGCAAUAGAGAGUUCCUGGUCCC